AGUACGUUCAAACAUAUCGGAACUCUCUUUUGUGAUCCGUAUUUUUUUUUCGUGUGAAUAACAAGAAUGACCAGUUAAUCAGUUGAUAAAAAAAAGUGAAUGUCGAAUCUUGUUUGACAACAAAACGUGGAUUUUUGAUUGUUGUGAUAUUUUUUCGGCAUAUCUAAAAAUAGUUUGUAUUUGCUUAGUGGACUCUCUAUCUUCAAGUACUCUGAGCUGUAAACGCUUUAUUGCUUGGUAUUUUAGUUUUUAAACGGAAUCAUGUCACGGUCCGGACAACAAGAGACCGAGCCGUUGCAUAAAAAUGUGAAUCACGUAGAAAUAGCAAAGCAUUUAAAGGACUCAGAAGAGGUUCAAGAUGUCACGGGAAUAUCACCUUUUUGGAAACAGGCACUUGGAUCAUCACCACCAAUAAUAGCUUCCAUUAGCUCAGGAAUGCUCUUUGGAUAUUCAGCAACUUUGAUCCCGGAACUACAGAAACCAGACUCUGAUAUUCAGGUCAAUUUAGAAUACGCAUCAUGGAUUGCUUCAACAGUGCCUUUACUCAUGUCAUUUGGAUGCUUAGUAGGCGGCACGAUAAUGGGUCGUUACGGAAGGAAAAAUGCUCAUUUCAUACUUUGUAUUCCCAAAUUACUUGGAUGGCUCACAAUUUAUCUCGCUCCAAACUUUGCAAUUCUUCUCGUUGGUCGAAUUCUUGGUGGAUUAAGUGCGGGACUGUUAGCGACUUUGUUCCCAACGUACCUAGGAGAAGUUAGUGAACCUAAAUAUCGAGGAUUUUUCCUCGUUGCUCCGUCAACUGCAUUAGCGCUUGGAAUAUUAGCUACACAUCUGUUAGGAACAUUCCUUCAUUGGCGGACCGUGGCGCUACUUGCCUCAAUUCUUCCACUGAUAACUGUGAUUGUGCUAUUUUUAGUUCCGGAAACCCCUUGCUGGUUGAUCUCACAAAACAGAUUCGAUGAAGCCUUGAAAGCUUUUCGAUGGCUGAGAGGCUCAAGUAUCAGCAGUAAACGUGAGUUUGAGCAAAUGUGGGAUAAACACAAAGAAACUGAAGCAAUUUCUGAAGACAGCUUUUGGAAUAAGGCUUUUGUCGCUUUCAGAAGACCCGAAUUCGUAAAACCUUUUGCGAUCAUCUUUUGCUGCUUCUUCACGAUGCAGUUCUCAGGUCCAUAUAUCGUUGCAUUCUACAGCGUUAGUAUUUUAUCGAAGAUAUUAGGAACAACGAUGAACGAAUAUCUCGUCAUGAACGCAAUCGACGUUCUUCGCUUAGUAAUGGUAAUUAUUGCAAGUGGUCUCUUACGAACUGUGCGACGACGAGUUUUGCUACUCACAAGUGGUAUUGGAACAACGAUCUCUGCCAUUGGAUUAGCCGUUUUUAUCUUUGCAACACGCUAUUAUCCACAUUUAAUGGAAUUUUCCUGGUUCUCUGUGAUACUGCUAGUCUCGUAUAUUUUCUUCAUCAGCAUCGGGAUCUUCGUGCUGCCGUGGUGUAUGGCUGGAGAGCUCUAUCCUCUCGAUUGUCGCAGUCUGGGAAGUAGUUUGAACAUUUCCAUCAACUUUUUCCUGUUUUUCAUUUGUGUCAAAAUUGCUCCUGCCUUAUUUGAAAGUCUGGGCAUUGAUGGUGCCUUCCUCUUUUACGGUGGAAUAGCUUUGAUGGGCACUGUAGUACUUGGAAUCGUUCUACCUGAAACGAAAGAUCGAACGUUGGUGGACAUUCAAAUGCAAUUUAUCAAGAAAAAAGAGGAAAUUACUCGGAAUAACGUAUAAUCUUAAGGUAAAAAUCAAAUAAAACAUGGCACGAAAGCCAUUUUUUGCAUAUAUGUAUAAAGCAAAUGACAAGUGACUCGUUUAAUUAUUCAAUAAUUGUAUUUAUCCGGAAAUUAUAGCAAAUUAGUGCAUCACUCGUUGUCGGUCGUCGUUGAUGUAGCUUGCGUGCAGCAGCAAAUUAAUUCGUUCUUGUAAAAAGUUGAUAGAAAAUUACGAGCUCGUUAUCUACUGCACAUUAUCACAGCUACUCAUCAUUUACAAUAUUUGCGAGUAAACAUUGUUAGCCAGCUAUCUCUGUCUGAAUCUUGUUCCUUUUAUUUGCUCAAUCGUUCAUUACCUUGCCAGCCACCACAGAAACGAAGGUCAAUCGAAAAAUUCACCGUGAUAACGAGACGACGAGUAAAGUAAAAACUGAUUCAUCAUCCCUGUCGUUGCUCCGUUCAAUUUUAACGGUUGUCACAAUACUUGACAUUUUAUAAUUUAAUUGUUAUCGAAAAAAAAAUACAAGAUUAUGAUGUAACAAGUCCACGCAAGUCGAACGAUUAUUAUUGACGAUGUUAAAUAUGACGAAGGAGGGAGAACAUGACUCAAUUAUAAUCACAUUUUCAUGGGAACGCAGAAAAAUUUUUCAUAAAAUUCAGAUCAAUCACAACGAUGUCGAUCUUGCAUGUGCGGUAAUGAGACUCGUUGAGGGAUGAUUGACAAGUCGCAACCCUUUUCUCAUGCAAGGGCGAGUUGUUGAGUCAAGUUGGAUUUUUGUUUUUUCACGGUUUCAUGUUAAAAAGGAAGUUGUUCUGGUUUUAAUUGUUAGGCAAUGAUGUAAUUUAAUGGCAAUCAAUGUUCUGCUAAUGCAAUAUUUAACAACAAUCGAGGGUUGGUAGGUAAUUAGAUGAGAUUUUUAUGGGAAAAUUUUCUACAAAUAUUGAUUAAUUGACGGGUUUUGUUGAUUUUAAUUGUACAAAGGCAUUUUGU